GGCAGCUGGGAUUGCGCCACUUGCCAAGGUCCCAGUUCGUGACUCAGGCUCACAGAUGCACAAGUUCCUUAGCCUGCAAACAAGCUGUUUUUGUAGCAUUUUUCUGCGCCUUCUUCUAAAAGCGCAUCCCAGCAUCAAUGUCGGGGCGGCUGGCCCUGCCCUCCCUGCUGCUGGCCGUGAUUGUGUCUUCUUUUUGCCCGGCCACAUCCAUGUCCGGAGAUGACAUGCGAAACCAGCUGUUGACAAGAGAGAAGAUGAUGCGGAUUGGGGGGCAGUUGGUGCUGACUCAGGAGGAGGAGCUGGCCAACCAGAGGCUCAAGGCCCUCAAGGAGGCUGAGAUGCAUAAGGCCUUGAGUAAGGGGAGCAUCCUGCCCAGCAUGCACUUCUUCCAAGCCAAGAACCUCAUUGAGAAAAGUGAGGUGUUUAACAUCCUGAAGAAGAUGCCUAAAGGGGCCGCCCUUCACGUCCAUGACUUCAGCAUCACCAGCCCGGAUUGGUUGGUGAAAAAUGCCACGUACAGGCCCCACUGCUAUUUUUGCUUCACCCGGAGGGGGAUCCCGCAGUUCAGAUUUGCUCAUCCGACUCCCCCUACCCCGAAGCCGGCAGAAUGUCCCCAGUGGGUUUUGCUGGAGAAGUUUCGGAAGGGGCUGCAUAACGUCUCGGAGUUUGACAACAGCCUGCUGAGAAAUCUCACUCUGAUGACCGAGAACCCCCACGUGACUUACACAGACCAGGAUGCGAUCUGGGCCAAGUUCAAGACCAUCUUCUUCGUGAUGGGGGACCUGGUGAGGUAUGCACCGGUGUUCCGGGACUACCUGUCCCAGGGCCUGGAGGAGUUCUAUCAGGACAACGUGCUCUACCUGGAGAUCAGAGCGUCACUGUACCCGAAAAGAGAGGGUCCAGUCCACCUUCCACUAGGAGAAGAAUUUUGGAAAGAGGUGUAUGAACUGGACGGGACGGUCUACAGCCGAGAGUGGUUGGUGAGGACUUACGAAGAAGUGGCUCAUAAUUUUGCAAAAACGCAUCCUGGGUUUAUUGGAAUCAAACUCAUUUUUUCAGAUCACAGAACCAAAAAUGAGUCCCUCAUCAAGAAAUCCAUCCAGACAGCCAUGGAUCUUCGUGCCAAGUUCCCUGGGAUAGUGGCGGGGUUUGACCUGGUGGGGCGCGAGGACACGGGCCACACCCUGUACGACUACAGGGAGGCUUUGAUGAUUCCAGCCUCGCGGGGCGUUCACCUGCCUUACUUCUUCCACGCGGGAGAGACCGAUUGGGAGGGAACUUCCGUAGACAGAAAUCUUCUGGAUGCCGUGAUACUGAACUCGACCCGGAUUGGCCAUGGAUUUGCUUUGAGCAAGCACCCGGCAGUCUUGGCUGAAGCCUGGAAGAAGAACAUCCCCAUCGAAGUCUGUCCCAUCUCCAACCAGCAGGUCCUGAGGCUGGUGUCUGACCUGAGAAACCACCCCGCUGCCGUCAUGAUGGCCGCCGGGUACCCCAUGGUGAUUAGCUCAGACGACCCCGCGGCCUUUGGGGCCAAAGGCCUGUCCUAUGAUUUCUAUGAGGCCUUCAUGGGCAUCGGCGGGAUGUCGGCCGACCUGAGGACGCUCAAGCAGCUGGCCAUCAACUCCAUCAGAUACAGCGCCCUGUCGGAGACCGAGAAGAAGUCUGCCAUGGAUACCUGGGCGGAGAGGUGGCAGAAGUUUGUAGCUGGGCUGGCCAGGGGCCCCAAGUGAGGGGACAGCUCCACCUCUGCCUCCCUCCUCCCAAUGGUCCAGAAUCCAGGGAAGUCACCUCCGUUUGUCCAUCAGGCCGCUGUGACUCUGGCCUGAUUCACAUGAGCCCCUAACUCAUCUUCCUCUUCCCUUUGCCCUCUCCUGCUCAUUUUCCCCAGAGCAGUGACUGUUUAAAGUUAAAUUAAACCAGAGUACUCCACUGUGACAAUUCAGAGCACUUAGAACUCACCCCCUACAAGCCCCUACUGGGCUCCCAGCAUCCUAUGAACAGGGGUCCCUCCCAUGUUGUCCCAACCCAGGCGCCCGAGCACACUGGCCUCUGGCCUUGGGCCCCUCCUGGCUCUCUCUGCCGGGAAUGCUCUUUCUCCCCACUUCCGUCUGCUGCCUCCUGUCACCCUCAGGCUUCGUUUCAGGUCCUUGUCUCAGAAAGACUUGUCCCUUGGGGCACCUUGCUCGCUCCCUCAUGACUUCACCCGAUGUGUCAUUAUGGAUUUAUUUCUGAGCGGCCUCCCUCCCCCAGACCUUCAGCUGCACAGGCACUCGUGGCCGGUUCACGUCCACUGUGAGCCAGGAGCCUAGCCUGCCCCUUGCCUGGUUGGCCCUCAAUAAACAUCAUGUUGCAAGAAUGCCUGUGCCCUGUCAUGCUGAGCUGGGUCAGAUACGUCUCCCAGCCCGGCCCUUGGGAGAAAGAGGGCAAGGAGCCAGCCUGGCCUUGCUGGGCCCUGGGUGUGAAGGAGAACCAAUGCCUUCCUUACAAGGCCCAGCGAUGUGAGUCUUCUUCUUAUCCCCCGUCCCCUGCAUGGAGCCCGCAGGACCUCCCCCUGGGCCCAGGCUCCUGAUGCUGGACAGACUGCUUGACUGGAGUCUUCACCCACAGGCUGGUUCCCAGAGGGAGUCAGAUAUUCUCGAAGACCUUUUGACUCACAGCCUUCACCAGUCCCACGGUGGGGCAUACAGGUCCCAGUUCAGCUGACUUUGAUUCAAUUAAUGGUGACAACAGACCAUAGCAGAAUGGGCUUCGGUAGCAUGUUUCCAUGGUCACAGGGGUCUCCCAGGAGUGUAGGGUCUCUGAUUUGGGAAAACAAACCAGCUGUGGUGCCUUCUUUCCUGUUAAACAGGCAGAGUCCAAGCAGAGGACCAGAAACACCAGUAGGGCCAGACCUGAACUCACCAGGUUGCUGCUGGCAGAGAAGGGAAAGCUGGUUUCACACACACCUUCUGGGACUUUCUGAGGGGCCCUGACAUGCUGAUCUUCUAACCUGUGUUAAUCGAAUUCUUAUAAACAAAAUCAUGGUGCACAGUUGGAAGGGAGCAUGCUGUUUCAGGAAAUCUGUAGCAGAAGCUCCUGUUCACAAAACACCUUUUUCUGAUUUGAACUCCAGGAGUCUAUAUUUCUUAGACUGAGGUCAAAUUCCUUUUAAAAACUCUUUUAUUAUCAUUUUGGCUACCCUGGGUCGAAUCUCUCUAGGCUGAACACCCUCAGUUUCAAGAGGAGGGGGUAGAGACCCUGCCUUCUGAUGGAAGAUGGUCCAGGUCACAUUAGCGGAAGGACACAAAAGAUGACAUAGAAAAUGUCUGGAAGAUAAAAUCACCACAUAGUGAUUUUUCUGGUUCUACCAUUUCUUCUAUAUUUAUUAGCUGCCAUUCUUCUGUAAGAAGAACUUCUUCUCAUUGAUCAAUUGGUUGAUUACCACUAUGGCUCAUGGAUUUUGGCUAUCAGUGGAUUAUAAUCUGUGACAAUUGUUAUUUAUUUUGAUGCCCAACUUUUGUAGACGUGGUCACAGGAACUCUGUUAAGCUGGCUCCUGAGACUCUUGGAUAAAUUCCUUCUAUUCUUUGAGCACUUAUUUGCUUUCUGACACAACAAAAUGUUUUAGGUUCACUUUACACUUUCCAUGUCUGUGGCUGAAGAUCAACCAUUUCUCCAAAGAGCUCUGGUUCUUUUUCGUAGAGAAUAAUAUUUAGAAGCCUUGAUCUGGGCAUUAGAUGUUCCUGUUGCUACUGAUGUGUGUAAAAAUAAUCAGAUAUACAUAAAUACAAUUUAUAUAU